CCUCGAGUCCGCAGCGGCGGCGGCUGCGGGCGGCGGCGGUGGUGGUGGAGCCGGCGGGAGCGGGGGGAAGGAAGGAAGCGAGAGCGCGGCGGGGCUCAGGCGCUCCGCAAUGCCACAGUAACAGCGUUCCCGUUGCAAGCUGGAAUUUCAUCCCCAGAGAUCCACCCCCUCGAUUCUCAAAGCUCCAGCACCUUUUUACUCAAGCAUCUUCAUAAAGCUAGAAAAUGCACUGACUUCACAAGACUUGGUUGCUGGAAGCCUUCCAUGUGAUCAAACAGUACUUUCAGACAAACUAAUUUUCUAUUAAAUGAAGUUUAAUUUUGAGGUGCUUGAGUAGGAGCUCGCGGGAGGCCUGGCACCAUGGUGGCUCUGUCGCUGAAGAUCUGCGUGCGGCAGUGCAACGUGGUGAAGACGAUGCAGUUCGAGCCGUCCACGGCCGUGUACGACGCGUGCCGCGCCAUCCGCGAGCGCGUGCCCGAGGCCCAGACCGGCCAGGCCUCUGACUAUGGAUUGUUCUUGUCAGAUGAUGACCCCCGGAAAGGGAUCUGGCUGGAGGCUGGCAGGACCCUGGAUUACUACAUGCUCAGAAAUGGGGAUAUACUGGAGUACAAAAAGAAACAGAGGCCUCAGAAAAUCCGGAUGCUGGAUGGUUCAGUGAAAACAGUCAUGGUGGAUGACUCGAAAACAGUGGGUGAAUUGCUGGUUACCAUUUGCAGCAGGAUAGGAAUAACAAAUUAUGAGGAAUAUUCAUUAAUCCAGGAGAGCAUCGAAGAGAAGAAGGAGGAGAGUACAGGAACACUUAAGAAAGACAGGACCCUAUUACGUGAUGAAAGAAAAAUGGAAAAACUCAAGGCAAAGCUCCAUACAGAUGAUGAUUUGAACUGGCUGGAUCACAGCCGCACCUUCCGCGAGCAAGGCGUGGAUGAGAAUGAAACGCUGCUCCUGAGGCGAAAGUUCUUCUAUUCAGACCAGAAUGUAGAUUCAAGAGAUCCUGUUCAGCUCAAUUUGCUCUAUGUUCAGGCUCGUGAUGACAUUCUGAAUGGCUCCCACCCUGUCUCCUUUGAGAAGGCUUGUGAAUUCGGAGGCUUUCAAGCACAGAUCCAGUUUGGACCUCAUGUAGAACACAAACAUAAACCUGGAUUUUUAGACCUGAAAGAAUUCCUGCCUAAAGAAUAUACCAAACAAAGAGGGGCUGAAAAGAGAAUAUUUCAGGAGCACAAGAACUGUGGUGAGAUGACAGAAAUAGAGGCCAAAGUGAAGUACGUGAAGCUGGCGCGUUCCCUGCGCACCUACGGCGUCUCCUUCUUCCUUGUGAAGGAAAAAAUGAAAGGCAAGAACAAGCUGGUUCCUCGUCUGCUGGGGGUCACCAAGGACUCGGUGAUGCGUGUGGAUGAGAAGACCAAGGAGGUGUUGCAGGAGUGGCCCCUGACAACUGUGAAACGCUGGGCUGCCUCCCCUAAGAGCUUCACUCUGGAUUUUGGUGAAUAUCAGGAAAGCUAUUACUCAGUACAGACCACUGAAGGAGAACAGAUCUCUCAAUUAAUUGCAGGUUACAUUGAUAUCAUCCUAAAGAAGAAACAAAGUAAAGAUAGAUUUGGGCUUGAAGGUGAUGAGGAAUCAACCAUGUUGGAAGAGUCUGUUUCACCUAAGAAGCCCACCAUCCUGCAGCAGCAGUUCAACAGGACGGGCAAGGUGGAGCACGGCUCGGUGGCGCUGCCGGCCGUGAUGCGCUCGGGCUCCAGCGGCCCCGAGACCUUCAACGUGGGCAUCAUGCCCUCCCCGCAGCAGCAAGUGACAACUGGCCAGAUGCACCGAGGACACAUGCCCCCUCUUACCUCAGCCCAGCAGGCCCUGAUGGGGACCAUCAACAGCAGCAUGCACGCGGUGCAGCAGGCGCAGGCCGACCUCAGCGAGGUGGACAACCUGCCACCCCUGGGGCAGGACAUGGCAUCAAGAGUAUGGGUUCAGAACAAGGUUGAUGAAUCAAAACAUGAAAUACACUCUCAGGUUGAUGCAAUCACUGCAGGAACUGCAUCUGUUGUUAACCUGACAGCAGGGGACCCAGUUGACACUGAUUACACUGCUGUGGGAUGUGCAAUUACAACCAUCUCCUCCAACCUCACUGAGAUGUCCAAAGGUGUGAAACUGCUCGCUGCUCUCAUGGAUGAUGAGGUUGGAAGUGGAGAAGACCUCCUGAAAGCUGCUCGAACCUUGGCCAGUGCUGUCUCAGACCUGCUGAAGGCUGUGCAACCAACUUCAGGAGAGCCUCGCCAGACAGUUCUGACUGCAGCUGGAAGCAUUGGACAGGCCAGUGGGGAGCUGCUAAGGCAAAUUGGGGAGAAUGAGACAGAUGAGAGGUUCCAGGAUGUCCUGAUGAGUUUGGCCAAAGCUGUUGCCAACGCCGCUGCCAUGCUGGUGCUGAAGGCCAAGAACGUGGCCCAGGUGGCAGAGGACACAGUGCUGCAGAACAGGGUCAUUGCUGCUGCCACCCAGUGUGCCCUGUCCACCUCCCAGCUUGUGGCUUGUGCCAAGGUGGUGAGCCCCACCAUCAGCUCCCCGGUGUGCCAGGAGCAGCUGAUCGAGGCAGGGAAGCUGGUGGACCGCUCGGUGGAGAACUGCGUGCGGGCGUGCCAGGCGGCCACGGAUGACAGCGAGCUGCUGAAGCAGGUCAGCGCCGCCGCCGCCAUCGUCAGCCAGGCCCUGCACGACCUCCUGCAGCACGUGCGGCAGUUCGCCAGCAGGGGGGAGCCCAUCGGCCGCUACGACCAGGCCACCGACACCAUCAUGUGCGUCACCGAGAGCAUCUUCAGCUCCAUGGGCGACGCCGGUGAGAUGGUGCGGCAGGCGCGCGUGCUGGCUCAGGCCACCUCGGAUCUGGUCAAUGCCAUGAGGUCUGAUGCUGAGGCUGAGAUUGACAUGGAGAACUCCAAGAAGCUCCUGGCUGCUGCAAAGCUCCUGGCAGACUCCACAGCCCGCAUGGUGGAAGCUGCAAAGGGAGCUGCAGCCAACCCUGAAAAUGAAGAUCAGCAGCAGCGUCUGAGGGAAGCAGCAGAGGGACUGAGGGUUGCUACAAACGCUGCAGCACAGAAUGCCAUCAAGAAGAAAAUUGUCAACAGACUGGAGAUUGCAGCUAAACAAGCUGCAGCUGCUGCUACUCAGACCAUUGCAGCUUCUCAGAAUGCAGCUGUUUCCAAUAAGAACACAGCAGCCCACCAGCAACUUGUGCAGAGCUGCAAGACUGUUGCAGACCACAUUCCUCAGCUGGUGCAGGGUGUAAGAGGAAGUCAAGCUCAGGCAGAAGACCUCAGUGCUCAGCUUGCUUUGAUCAAUUCCAGCCAGAAUUUCCUUCAGCCUGGAAGUAAAAUGGUGGCAUCUGCUAAAGCUGCUGUCCCCACAGUGACUGACCAAGCAGCAGCAAUGCAGCUCAGUCAGUGUGCAAAGAACCUUGCUACCAGCUUAGCUGAGCUGAGAACUGCCUCCCAGAAGGCUCAUGAAGCUUGUGGCCCAAUGGAAAUUGAUUCUGCUUUGAAUACAGUCCAGACACUCAAAAAUGAACUGCAGGAUGCGAAGAUGGCAGCAGUGGAUGGACAGUUAAAACCUCUCCCAGGAGAAACUCUCGAGAAGUGCACUCAGGACCUGGGAAGCACAUCCAAAGCCGUGGGUUCUUCCAUGGCCCAGUUGUUAACUUGUGCUGCUCAGGGCAACGAGCACUACACAGGAGUUGCUGCCAGAGAAACUGCUCAGGCCUUGAAGACUUUGGCUCAGGCAGCUCGAGGGGUGGCAGCAUCCACCAGUGACCCUGUGGCAGCCCAUGCCAUGCUGGAUUCAGCCAGGGAUGUCAUGGAAGGCUCUGCCAUGCUGAUCCAGGAGGCCAAGCAGGCCCUGGCUGCCCCAGGGGACGCAGACAGCCAGCAGAGACUUGCCCAGGUAGCAAAAGCAGUGUCUCACUCCUUGAAUAACUGUGUGAAUUGUCUGCCUGGACAAAAGGAUGUGGAUGUGGCCUUAAAGAGCAUUGGGGAAUCCAGCAAGAAGCUCCUGGUGGAUUCGCUACCUCCAAGUUCUAAGUCAUUUCAAGAAGCUCAGAGUGAGCUGAACCAGGCAGCAGCAGACCUGAAUCAGUCAGCUGGAGAAGUUGUCCAUGCCACACGGGGCCAAAGUGGGGAGCUGGCUGCAGCCUCUGGCAAAUUCAGUGAUGACUUUGAUGAAUUUCUUGAUGCUGGUAUUGAAAUGGCUGGCCAAGCACAAACUAAAGAGGACCAGAUUCAAGUCAUAGGUAACCUCAAGAGCAUCUCAAUGGCUUCCAGCAAGCUGUUACUGGCUGCCAAGUCUCUGUCUGUUGAUCCUGGAGCUCCUAAUGCCAAGAACCUCUUAGCAGCAGCAGCAAGAGCUGUGACUGAGAGUAUAAACCAGCUCAUCACACUGUGCACCCAGCAAGCUCCUGGGCAGAAGGAAUGUGAUAAUGCACUCAGAGAACUGGAGACAGUGAAGGGAAUGCUGGAUAACCCAAAUGAGCCUGUGAGUGAUCUCUCAUAUUUUGAUUGUAUUGAGGGCGUCAUGGAAAACUCCAAGGUUCUUGGAGAGUCAAUGGCAGGCAUUUCCCAGAAUGCAAAAACUGGGGAUCUUCUGGUCUUUGGAGAAUGUGUUGGAGUUGCAUCCAAGGCUCUUUGUGGCCUGACAGAGGCAGCAGCUCAGGCUGCUUACCUGGUCGGUAUCUCAGAUCCCAACAGCCAGGCUGGUCAGCAGGGCCUCGUUGACCCAAUCCAGUUUGCCCGUGCCAACCAAGCGAUCCAGAUGGCCUGUCAGAACCUGGUGGAUCCAGCAAGCAGCCCAUCCCAGGUCCUAUCAGCUGCCACCAUCGUGGCCAAGCACACGUCUGCUCUGUGCAACGCCUGCCGCAUUGCUUCAUCAAAAACAGCAAACCCUGUUGCCAAGAGACACUUUGUGCAAUCUGCCAAGGAAGUUGCAAACAGCACUGCUAACCUGGUUAAAACUAUCAAGGCCCUGGAUGGAGAUUUCUCGGAGGAGAACCGCAACAAGUGCAGAACUGCCACUGCACCUUUAAUAGAGGCUGUGGAAAAUCUGACAGCGUUUGCUUCAAACCCAGAAUUUGUCAGCAUCCCAGCACAGAUCAGCACUGAGGGAUCACAAGCUCAGGAGCCAAUUCUGGUUUCUGCCAGGACAAUGUUGGAGAGCUCAUCUUUAUUGAUCAAAACUGCCCGUUCUCUGGCUAUCAACCCCAAAGACCCUCCUACAUGGUCUGUACUAGCAGGGCAUUCCCACACAGUCUCAGAUUCUAUCAAGAGUCUUAUUACCUCUAUCAGGGACAAGGCCCCAGGGCAGCGUGAAUGCGAUUUCUCCAUCGAUGGCAUCAACCGGUGCAUCAGGGACAUUGAGCAGGCGUCGCUGGCUGCCGUGAGCCAGAGCCUGGCCACCAGGGAUGACAUCUCUGUGGAGGCUCUACAGGAGCAGCUGACAUCAGUUGUACAGGAAAUUGGCCACCUCAUUGAUCCCAUUGCCACUGCAGCUCGGGGAGAGGCAGCUCAGCUGGGGCACAAGGUAACACAGCUGGCAAGUUACUUCGAGCCCCUCGUUUCAGCUGCAGUUGGUGUGGCAUCCAAGACACUGAAUCAUCAGCAACAGAUGACUGUGCUGGACCAGAGCAAGACUCUAGCAGAAUCUGCCUUACAGAUCCUGUAUGCUGCCAAAGAAGGGGGAGGAAACCCCAAGGCAUCUCACACUCACGAUGCCAUCACUGAGGCUGCACAGCUGAUGAAGGAGGCUGUGGAUGACAUCAUGGUCACUUUAAAUGAAGCUGCAAGUGAAGUUGGCAUGGUUGGAGGUAUGGUAGACUCGAUUGCAGAGGCAAUGACCAAGCUGGAUGAAGGUACACCUCCAGAUCCAAAAGGAACUUUUGUUGAUUAUCAGACCACUGUGGUGAAAUAUUCUAAAGCCAUUGCUGUUACAGCACAGGAAAUGAUGACUAAGUCGGUUACUAACCCGGAGGAGCUGGGAGGACUGGCAUCGCAAAUGACCAAUGACUAUGGGCAUUUGGCUCUGCAGGGCCGAAUGGCCGCAGCUACGGCAGAACCUGAGGAGAUUGGGUUCCAGAUCAGGACUCGGGUGCAGGAGCUUGGCCAUGGGUGUAUAUUUCUUGUACAAAAAGCUGGAGCUCUCCAGAUUUGCCCUACAGACAGCUACACCAAAAGGGAGUUGAUAGAAUGUGCUCGUGCUGUCACAGAAAAGGUCUCCUUGGUUCUAUCUGCCCUGCAGGCAGGGAACAAAGGCACACAAGCCUGUAUCACUGCAGCCAGUGCUGUGUCUGGCAUAAUUGCAGAUCUGGACACCACUAUCAUGUUUGCUACUGCUGGAACCCUUAAUGCUGAGAACAAUGAAUCAUUUGCAGAUCACAGGGAAAAUAUCCUGAAAACAGCAAAAGCUUUAGUUGAAGACACCAAAUUGUUGGUUUCUGGUGCUGCCUCAAGUCAGGACAAACUGGCCCAAGCAGCUCAGUCAUCAGCUAACACCAUCACUCAACUUGCUGAGGUGGUAAAAUUGGGAGCAGCGAGCUUGGGAUCUGAUGAUCCUGAAACACAGGUUGUUCUGAUCAAUGCUAUCAAGGAUGUUGCAAAGGCCCUUUCUGAUCUCAUUAGUGCUACCAAAGGAGCUGCCAGCAAACCAGCAGAUGAUCCAUCCAUGUACCAGCUGAAAGGUGCUGCCAAGGUGAUGGUAACAAAUGUCACAUCCCUCUUGAAGACUGUUAAAGCAGUAGAAGAUGAAGCCACUCGAGGGACAAGAGCCCUUGAGGCCACAAUUGAGUACAUCAAACAGGAGCUCACGGUGUUUCAGUCCAGUGAGGUCCCAGAGAAGACAUCAUCACCUGAGGAAUCCAUCCGGAUGACGAAAGGCAUCACCAUGGCAACGGCCAAAGCUGUGGCAGCCGGGAACUCGUGCAGGCAGGAGGAUGUGAUUGCCACAGCCAACCUGAGCCGCAAGGCAGUGUCUGACAUGCUGACAGCCUGCAAGCAAGCAUCCUACCACCCAGAUGUGAGUGAGGAAGUUCGGGAGAGAGCCCUGCGCUUCGGAACAGAAUGUACCCUGGGAUACCUGGAGCUCCUGGAGCACGUUCUCCUGAUUCUUCAGAAAGCAACUCCAGAGCUGAAGCAUCAGCUGGCCUCUUUCUCCAAGCGGGUUGCAGGUGCUGUCACAGAGCUUAUCCAGUCAGCAGAGGCAAUGAAGGGGACAGAGUGGGUGGAUCCAGAAGACCCAACAGUCAUUGCAGAGACAGAGCUAUUAGGGGCUGCAGCAUCAAUUGAGGCUGCAGCAAAGAAGUUGGAGCAGCUGAAACCAAGAGCCAAGCCCAAGCAAGCAGAUGAGACUCUGGAUUUUGAAGAACAGAUCCUGGAAGCAGCUAAAUCCAUUGCAGCUGCUACCAGUGCCCUUGUGAAGUCAGCUUCAGCAGCCCAGAGGGAACUGGUGGCUCAGGGAAAGGUUGGAGCAAUCCCUGCAAAUGCAGCUGAUGAUGGACAGUGGUCUCAGGGACUUAUUUCUGCUGCCAGAAUGGUGGCAGCUGCAACCAGCAAUCUCUGUGAAGCAGCAAAUGCCUCAGUGCAAGGCCAUGCCAGUGAGGAGAAGCUCAUCUCAUCUGCCAAACAAGUGGCAGCUUCCACAGCACAGCUGCUUGUGGCUUGCAAAGUGAAGGCUGAUCACGACUCUGAAGCCAUGAGGAGGCUCCAGGCUGCAGGAAAUGCUGUCAAGCGUGCAUCAGACAAUCUUGUGAGGGCAGCCCAGAAAGCAGCGUUUGGAAAAGCAGAGGAUGACGACGUUGUGGUCAAAACCAAGUUUGUGGGUGGCAUUGCUCAGAUUAUUGCAGCCCAAGAAGAAAUGCUGAAGAAGGAGAGAGAACUGGAAGAGGCAAGGAAAAAACUGGCUCAGAUCCGCCAACAGCAAUACAAAUUUCUACCCACAGAGCUGAGAGAAGAUGAGGGUUAACUGUUAACCUGCUGAGAUUUUUCUUCCUUUUUAUUGUUUUGUUUUCUUUUUUUUUUUUCUCUUUUUUUUUCUUUUAAAGAAAUAAGCUAAAGGGGGACAGCACAUUGAGAACUGCUCUGACAGCAUACUGAGAAGCCAAGCACUUAGCUAAAUAAACUGCCUGUCAUAGCUUUGGAUGAGCAGAGGGCAGUGAACAAUUGUUCUUUCCCACCUGCUCAGCUGAGGUGCAUGAUGAUCGAACAAUGGUACAGUGUUAGGUUCAUCAUUCCUGUUCCUCCCUUGAUUUAUAUCUCAGGAGAGAAUGUUUCACUUUUUACUAAAGAUACUAAGUCAGUAUUAUUGUCACUUGCCUGAUGCUUGAGGUAUUUAUCAUUCCUUGACUUGUUCUAAAACAUUGAUGAGUUAGGAAAAGAGUCAAGAAGUGUUUUAUAUGAUAAAUAUCCCAUGAGCUGGUGGUUGUCCCCCAGGUACCCUUGUAAAAAGCAGACCAAGGUGGAGAAGGAUGUAUAGCUGAGUGGAGAAACACGCACGAGUGUGGCUGUGAAGAAGCCUGUGCUCUUUCAGUGUUAUAUAGCUGGUUCACCCCAAAACUGGAGGAAUUGUCUCUGCAGCUGUUUGCACUACUGGUAUUAUUCCUUACCUGAUACCAACAAGCUUCUGCUUGUGCAGUAUUUAGGUUUACAUAAUGUGGCAAUAGCCAUUCUUUAAAGAGCUCAAAAAACAAAGAAAUGGAAACCUUGUCACUGCCUCAAUAAUAGCAGGUUCAUGAAAGAAAAUGCUGUUUCAAUUAUAUACCUCUAAUGUGUGACUACUUUUACAGUAUUAUACACACAUACACAUGCUCUAACAUUGGACUGAAUCGUUUGCAUUUUGUUUUUUAAUUGAAAUUAUCUGGUUCGUACUGUGGUAUUUCUGUUAGAAUGUAUCUCAGUUAAAAAAGGGAAAUGCCCAGUACAACAAAAGACUAUCACAACUCUUGUUAUUAUUUUAAUAAUUACAUUUAUAAUUAUUAUGUUUUGAAACCUGUGGGAAUUGUAGGAGAAAAGAAUAAGUGAUUUACAAGUAGAUUUACAGUUUUUCCUGUAAUAUAUUUUUUAAAAAUUUGGACUCUAGAGAGUUUGUUUUCAUAGUUGCUAUUGAUGAAAAAGGAAUUGCAGAGAAGGAAUAGCAGCAGUCUAUCAGCAAUCUUUGUGCAGAAAGGUACAGUAUGCUCUCAGUAAUAGCAAUUUGGGUAGAGUAACAUCUUUCACUAUGUCAAAAAGAGAACACAAAUACAGCAACUUUAAGCAGCAAAGUUGAAUAACUACAGAAACAUCAUCUUUCCUGACAGUAGUUUCCAACUCCUCCCAAGCCCUCCUAACAACAAUGGCAAGGCUGUGUAGGUGACAGGGUGCUGCCCCUGCAGUCCUGCUGAAGGCUGGGCUGUCCUUCCAUGCCAGGUACGUUCAGCUGAGCCUGCCCUGUGUUCUGUGCAUCCCCACCUCGGUGUCCUUGCUGCAGGAAAUUCCUGCCCUGUACAUCCCCAGGAACCCCCAAUGGUAGUUCUGCAGUUUAGAUAGUGCUAACUCCUCAUUUAAGUUACCUGCAUGAGACAGAAUUAUCAGGAAUUUUGUUACACUAGUACUAAAUAUAUAGCAAAAAUCUGCUAGAGAAUUAAUAAAUAUUGAAGUGUAAAAAGGUUUUUAUUGUCUCUUCUCUGAUACUGACGUAUUUCAGAUUCAGUAGAGUUGCUGGAAAAUCCACAAUCAUGAGGAAAAUAAACUGGUGUGUCCCAAAUGGAAUCACUGGCAUUGACAGAUGUGCUGUGAUGUGUAGGCUUGUGUGCAAAUGCAAACCCUGUCCUGUCAGAGAUGUGCAAUUCUGAGUUCUUUCAUUUGCCACUUCAACACCAUUCAGGUUUUUGUUCAACUCACUGUGAACAGUGUCACAGUCUGGAGUCCUCCACCAAGAACAAGGCUUUCUGUAAGUCUUUGGGCAGAAGGCUAAACUGGUAUUUAUUGCUGUAAGAGCUGAAUAAAGACUGCUCAAGUGAUGGGGAUUUUCUGCUGCUGUUGGUAGGUUCAACUCCUUUGCAGCUCAUGCCUUUCCUUUUCUUACCUGCACAGCUUCAGUUUCUGAUCUCUUUCAGAAAGAUCUGCAAGACAGAUUUGCUACUACUUCCCUUCCAACCUGCCUUUAAGUGUUAUUUGAUCUCAUUAAAGCAUGAAGAAAGAUGAUGCUGUCUUUAACACCAUGCCACUAUUUUAUUGUAGGGAUAAUACUGAUGUAAUAUACUUCAGUCAGGAUGGUAUCUGCCAGUUUGAUAUAAGCCAAAAAACCUUUUCAAAUGCAGCUAUGUAUGGAAAUGAUAUAGCUAGAAAACUUUAUCAGUAUGUAGAAGGUAAGAGCAUGUUCAAAUUGUGCUCCAGAGAAAAGUGUUUAGGAAGUCCAUUUGAGACUUCUCUGUUGUGAUUUAGUGCCCCCUCUUACAUGACAAAGUAUUUUUUCCUUAGCUGGGUGCUCCAUGGAGGAACCACAGUCAGUGAAUAGCUGAGCUGGACAACUGAAGUAUUUUUUUACUCAGAAUUUUGGGUCUUCAUUUGUGAACCAUUAAGAGAAUAUAAGGUCAUCCAAAGUCUUUCAACUUCUUUCUCGCUGUUAGAAUUUGCAGUAUCGCUGAAGUUCACAUGUGAACAUCUGUGGAGUUUGGAACCAGUCCAGCCAUUUCUUUGGCAUGGGAACUUGCAGCAGGAAGUGACAAAUUGGAGGAAGGGGUAGAUGCUAAUUAAUAAGAAGGACAGAUGUUUACUUUGUUCUGUUAACUUGUGAAAUGAUGAAUGAGCUCUGUUGUAUCUCACCCUUCUUCAUGUGGAAUUCACUCUGAGAAUUGUAUGCAAAUUAAAAACAAAAUGCCUCAAAGUU